AUGCAGAUUCAGGGCGAGUCUCUCCUGAACGACGGCUCGGCGAUGGUUCUCUUUACGGUUGCGUACCAGAUGCUCGCAGGUGAGUCGUGGGAUUUCGGCGACGUGAGCAUGUUCAUGCUGACUAACACACUGUUCGCGUGGAUGUUUGGUAUGUCCGUUGGCGCGGUGUACUAUGUUUGGAUUCGUCUUGUCAAGAACAAGUUCGAUCAUAGUGCUGGCAUGCUUCAAGUUGCACUGACCAUUCUAUGUGCAUACAGCAGCUUCGGCAUCGCGGAGGGUAUACUUCACGUGAACGGGGUGCUAGCAACUGUUGCAUCAUCGCUUUUUCUUGCCCGCUUCAUGUGGCCUCAGAUUGUAGACAAGCACAGCUUACACAUGGUAUGGGAAAUGUUCGGAUACCUUGGCAACAGCGUAGUGUUCUUCCUCGCUGGCGCUUUGGUUGGCAACGCAAUGCUCUCCGAUUCAAUUGUCACCAGGGACUACGUGGACCUCUUGCUCAUCUACUUGUUUCUCUCAUUGGUCCGGCUGGGAGUUGUGUUUGUGUCACGCCCGCUUCUGAGAAUACUCAGCAUUGGAGGAGACAAGCCUGUCACGUGGCAGCAGGCGGUUCUCAUCAGCCAUGCAGGUCUCCGGGGCGCCGUCGGCUUGGCGUUGGCGGUCCACGUGCAUCACGACAGGGCCACCAACUCCGAUGGGGUGCCGUCCGUCAGCUCGGAAGAUGCCGAUCGCGUGCUCUUCUACGUUGGGGGCGUCGCCUUACUGACCAUUGUGGUCAACGCUCCCACCAGCCCGAUGCUUGUCCGCAAGCUCAAGCUCUCCACAACCCCCGUCACACGGCGGCAAAUCAUGUCAUGCCUCCACAAGCGACUGCAGAACAUCGUCUCCCAUGGGGAUCCGCUCACUGCAGAAGUGCAAGAAUCACUAUACGACAUGCUGCAAGAUGUAUUGCUUCACGUGCAGCCGCGAUCCACACUUCCGCGCAUGACCGUUACUUCGGGGAAACUGAAGCUACGUUUGGACGAUAGUGAUGCGAAAGCGCCAUCGUUUGGACGAUCUAAUGGCAAUAUCUUUGGGUGUUCUCAUGUGGACACUUUGUUGAAUGAUCUGGAUGAGCAGAGACAGAAGUUUGAUAAGCUCUGUGAAAAGACCCCCUCUGCUCGGACUGCUCGAACUCGCAUCGAGAAGGUUUUGCCCAUGAGUUGCCUGGAGGACCGCGUGAAAGAGUUGCGUGGCAAGAUGUUCGAAAAGGAUUUCGAUGGAGACCUAGCGUGCGCGCUCAACAUAACAUUACUUCACAUCGUGAGGGAGCAGUAUUGGCACCAGUUGCAGGAUUCAUUCAUAUUGGUUGAUGAGUUCGAGACGCUCAGUGAUACCAUUGUCCAAGCACUGAGUCAUCGCAUAGUGGACAAGCACGGUAUACCUGAGAUCGGCGAUUUCGCACAAUUGCUUCAGCAGGUGAACUCCCUGGAGGAGAUACAGGAACAAGCGAAGAAGAGAAAGUCGCUGUCAUGGGCAGGUGCCGCGCUUGAGGAUACCGUAACUCAAGGGAGGAGGUCCCGCAUCGCAUCUGAGCACACCUGGAUGUAUAGCCUGGUAUCGUCGAUGCAGUUUCAGAUAGCAGUGUACGCCCUCGUGUUGGCCAAUAUUGCUUUGAUCGUUACCGAGCAGUACAAGGGAGAACUGAUGUCAAGCGAAGGUUGGUUUGCCCUUGAUGUCGUUUUCUGCGUCGGCUUCACCGUUGAGGCCUAUCUGAAUUUCCUCGCCGUUCGGAGGGCCUACUUCGACGACCCUUGGAAUUUGUUUGAUUUUGGGCUGGUGAUAGUUGGCUGGAUUGGGGCGGCAUUGAACUGCGCGCAGCUAGUUUCUGGUGAGUCUGUUCAGACUUCGCAAAGCCAGGUUGGUCGCGUUGUCAAGUUCAUGAAAGCGCUCAGAUUGUUGCGCUUCCUGAGGCUGGUCAAAAUGACCCUGAGGUUGAAAGCAGCGCUUUCGGGGAAGGAUUCGACGCAGAUGAUAUCUGAUCAUAUGAAGGAGCAUUUGAAAAACUUUGCUAUGCUGCAGGCCUUCGUCAAAGGCCACACCUCUGCACAGGAGGAGCUGUUGAGGUUUUUCGGGAAGGCAGUCGCAAAGGAUUCCACAGCAGGAGCACAAAUCCAUUACGACGUUGACAUUCCAGAGGUUGCAACUUGCCUGCUUCAGUCUAAGAUCGCCGUCGCCAGAGCACGCAGAUUCGCAGCCAUGGUGUGGGCCGCGCUGCACCCUGGCGACGCGCCCGACAUGUGGUGCCUCGAGGAGGAGCGGGAGUGCUACCUGGAGAUGGGCAUCACGAAGAAGCUGAUAGACUUCGUGGAGAAGGCCGAGAGGACGGGCGCGAUCAGCGCGGCCGACGCCGAGACGCUGGUGGACCCCAUGCAGGAGCACUUCGGCGCCUGGGCCGCCCGGGCGGAGGCCCUGCGCAGCGGCGAGGCCACCCCGGACGCCACCCAAUCGCCCGGCGACGGGAGCCCAAUGCUGCUCACGCCGCAGCGUGCCGCCCAGCCUACUGCAGCAGGCCCCAGCCUGCAGAGGUGCUUCAAGUUCAGGAGAGCAGGCCCGUGCAGGAGACGGAGUAGCGAGCUGCUCCGCUGCAGCGGCCCCGGGCGGCCCUCGCAGUCGUGCGCGCGGGUCCUGCCUGUGGCGCUGACGCCGCGCGCCUUCGCCUCCUGCGCCUCCAGGCCAUGCUGCACAGCGUGA